AUGUUCAAGCAUUAUCAGGCAGCUGUGAAGAGAAUCAUGGCUGAAUUGUCCGAUGAUGAGUUGGAGAAGGUGAAGGAAACAGCCAAAGAAUGGUCCAACAACUUUCCUCCUCCUGAGAUACAGGCACAAGUUGCUCAUAAGAAGGGACCUGCAUACAUGGAGCACUUUUUGAAGGAGAUGUGGAGGCAAUGUGGGAUGAGAGUGUUUGUGAUGUUGGCUUGGAAGAAUGAACAGGGAGAGGUGCUGUUUGGGAUGCACAAUGAUAAUGAGGCAUUAGGAGAUGGGGACAGCUUUAUGAAGAUGAAGGACUGGGAGGACAUUGAGCCAGUUUGGCAGGAGUACAUGCAGGAACAGUUUGGUGCCAGGGCAUGGGAUGGAGGACAACAGAUGAAGGGAGGUCAAAAAAGAAUCAGAAAGCCUGCUUUUGAACUGGAAACUGACAAAGAUGGGAUGCCGUUGCUUCCAGACAUCACCAAAAUGAAACUCAAGGAGAAGAAGGCCAUAUAUGUUCCAGCAGAUGUGGACUUGAAGGAGCCUUCCAAGUUGCAAAAUUGGGACACUAUGGCCUUACUCAAUUUCUGGCAUGCUCAGCAGGAGAAAGGUGAAGGUCCAACAUUCCUGUUCAAAGCAUGGAAGAACAAAGAUGGAGACAUGGCUUGCCCAGUCAAGCCAGCGAAAACUAGUGCACUGCUAACAUCACAAAUGGGCAACCUCCUGGCUGGGUUGACUGACGGAGUCGCCAGCAAUGUUGAGGAGGAUGUUGCAAUGGAAGGAGGGCACACAUCUCUGGCACCAAAGAACAUGCAGGGAAAAAAGCAGUGA